UGUGCUGUCUGAAUAUGCACUGCCAAGUUCUGGGUUCCAAGUGAGCAGCUGUCUCCAAGAAAAUCAGUCAGGUGGAGAAACCUGAGGAUUUUUCCCUUUAGGACCCUAGUGUGAGAAUCAACAGGAAGGGAACCAUCCCUGAUGGCUCGGUUCACCGACUCUCCCUGUACUGAAAUGGAAAGGAGGCGUGUUUUGCUGAUCUGGUAAAUUCUUAGUGAAGUUUUCUUGAUUUCCAGCGGCUGCUGUUGUUUUGAGUUUGGUUUGGAGCAAACCUGAGGUAGUCCUGACAUUUCUGGAAUGGAAUCCAGAUGAGGAAGAAAAAAAUCGGAGGAGACGGAAGAAAGAGGAUAAAAAAAGGUGGGGAGAAAUAAAGGGAGGAGAGACGGAAGGAAAGGGGGAAAACUCCCUUUCCCCACAUUCGCAGUCCCGUUUCCCGCAGCCUGGAAAACAUAUUAAUCCCAGUGCCUUGACGCUCGGAAACAAAGGGACUCGGCCGGACUGUGUGGGGAAAGGGAGAUAAGAAAGAUCUUGGAACUUCACAGAGGGCAAGAGUGAGAUUCAGAAAUCCCUAGGACUUCACUUUAAGGAAAACCCCCGUGGCAGCAAAGGACCAGCUCCCACAGACCCAGGAGAAAUUACAGACAAAUGGAGAUGCGAACAGUCCCCUGGAGGAAGGCAAUUUUCACCUCGUCUCGCUGGACCAGAAGGUAAAAAGACACAGCCAGGCAGGAAAAGGAUCGGUCCAGCUCCACAGGCUGAGCUUCCUGGGGCCGCUUUCUCCAACAGGAGCUGCAGCACACCCCUUUUGUAUUGCUCACCCUCCACGAGAAGACGGAGGGCUGGAAGGAAAGGAGUUCAUCUAGGAAACUGUCCUGGGGACCAAACUUUCCAUUUCUCUGGAAAGCCUGUGCACUCCACCUCCAUGAACCACGACUGGAUAACACAAUGAUGUGGAAAAUGGGACCGCAUUUCACCAUACUGUUGGCCACGUGGCUGGUGUGUGGAUCAGAAUCUCAUUCUCCUAUCUUGGAAAGAGACAGUCAGACAGUGCGCAAAGUCUCUUUGGCCUCUCCAAUCAGCACUAGGUCUGCCCGAUAUCUGAGGCAUGCAGGGAAGUCCGGUGGAACUGAGAAAUCUACUCAGGAAGAACCAAAUCUUCAGCAUUCCCAAAGGAGGAAGAGUGUACCAGUGUUGAGAUUAGCUCACCCGACCGUGAGGCCAACCCCCUUAGGUGUUUAUGGAGUCCCAGUCAGACCUGAGUUGAGACCAAUCGCUAGGAGCUCUCCGCGUGAGAUGGUCCGUGAUGAGGGGUCUUCUGCUAGGUCAAGAAUGUUGCGUUUCCCUUCUGGGUCCAGUUCUCCCAAUAUCCUGGCCAGCUUUGCAGGAAAGAACCGGGUGUGGGUCAUCUCAGCCCCUCACGCCUCAGAGGGCUACUACCGACUCAUGAUGAGCCUCCUGAAGGAUGACGUGUAUUGUGAGCUGGCUGAGAGGCACAUUCAACAGAUCGUGCUCUUCCACCAGGCCGGUGAGGAAGGGGGCAAGGUACGAAGGAUCACCAGUGAAGGCCAGAUCCUCGAGCAGCCCCUGGACCCCAAUCUCAUCCCAAAGCUGAUGAGCUUCCUAAAACUGGAGAAGGGCAAGUUUAGCAUGGUGCUGUUAAAGAAGACUCUGCAGGUGGAGGAGCGCUACCCUUAUCCCGUCAGGCUGGAGGCCAUGUAUGAGGUCAUUGAUCAAGGCCCCAUCCGUCGGAUCGAAAAGAUCAGACAGAAGGGUUUCGUCCAAAAGUGUAAGGCCUCAGGCAUAGAGGGCCAUGUGGUCCAGGAAGGAAACAAUGGCGGUGGAGGAGCUGGAAGCACGGGCCUGGCCAGUGAGAAGAGGAAAGAGGACCCAAAGAGAGUACAAGUCUAUCCCACCAGAGAGCCUCAGAGAAAGCUGGCCACCACCAAGGCAGCCACUCCCCAGCCUCCCCCAACCCCAAGGGCCACCACUCUUCUUCCUAAUCCAGUCACAAUGGCCACUCGUGCCACAUCCCGGAUGGUGACAGUAGCUGCAAGACCUACGACCACGACUGCCUUUCCAACCACCCAGAGGCCCUGGACAUCCCGGCUGUAUCCUUUCUCAGUCUCCCACGGGCCUCCUGCAACAACUGAGGUGACCACGGCCAGGGGCACUUCCGUUUCAGAGCAGCUCCACCCUCUAUCUCGGAAGGAGCAACAAAGGGAGAAGCCACAGGCCACCAGGAGGCCCAGCAAAGCCACCAACUAUGGGGCCUUCACAGCAGCCCCGCCCACCACUCUCUGGGAGGGCAGCACAAGAGCUGUGGGCACAAGUCGUUUCCGCGACAACCGGACAGACAGACGAGAACACGGCCAUCAGGACCCAAAUGUGGUGCUGGGUCCUCACAAGCCCUCAAAGGGGAAGCCGCCCAAAAAGAAGGACAAAAUUCUCAGCAAUGAGUACGAAGCGAAGUACGACCUCAGCCGGCCCACGGCCUCUCAAGGGGAGGAGGAACGGCAGGUGGAUAAUAUUCCCUCCCAGAAUGCAAAGGAGUCGAAAAAGCCCGAAAAGCUCGGGAAACCUGAGAAGGAGAAGAAAAAAAAGGGGAAGGGUGUGAAACCAGACAAGCUACUCAAGAAUGAAAAGCAAGCGAAGAAAGCUGAGAAAAAGAGCAAGCAGGAGAAAGAAAAGAACAAGAAGAAGAAGGCUGGUAAACCAGAAGAAGAUAGCUAUCAGAAGCCCACACCAAAGCAACUCACACCAAGUCCCAAGAAGUCAGUGAGUGACCUGCUGGGCUCUUUCGAAGGCAAACGAAGACUCCUCCUGAUCACCACUCCCAAGGCCGAGAACAACAUGUAUGUGCAGCAGCGGGAUGAGUAUCUGGAGAGCUUCUGCAAGAUGGCUACCAGGAGGAUCUCUGUGAUCACCAUCUUUGGUCCCGUCAACAACAGCACCUUGAAGAUUGACCACUUCCAGCUAGAUAAUGAGAAACCUAUGCGUGUAGUGGAUGAUGAGGACUUGGGAGACCAACAUCUCAUUGGCGAGCUGAGGAAAGAGUACGGAAUGACCUACAAUGACUUCUUCAUGGUGCUGACAGAUGUGGACCUGAGAGUCAAGCAAUACUAUGAAGUUCCAAUAGCAAUGAAGUCUGUGUUCGAUCUGAUCGAUACUUUCCAGUCCCGAAUCAAAGACAUGGAGAAGCAGAAGAAGGAGGGCAUAACCUGCAAGGAGGACAAGAAACAGUCCCUGGAGAAUUUCCUAUCCAGGUUCCGAUGGAGGAGGCGGUUGUUGGUGAUCUCUGCCCCUAAUGAUGAAGACUGGGCCUAUUCACAGCAGCUCUCUGCCCUCAGUGGCCAAGCAUGCAAUUUUGGUCUUCGUCACAUAACCAUUUUGAAGCUUUUGGGAGUUGGAGAGGAGGUUGGAGGCGUCUUAGAACUGUUCCCAAUUAAUGGGAGCUCCACUGUUGAGCGGGAAGAUGUACCAGCCCACUUGGUGAAAGACAUUCGCAACUAUUUCCAAGUGAGCCCAGAGUACUUCUCCAUGCUUCUAGUUGGAAAAGAUGGGAAUGUUAAAUCUUGGUAUCCUUCUCCUAUGUGGUCGAUGGUCAUCGUGUAUGACUUAAUUGAUUCCAUGCAACUUCGGAGACAGGAAAUGGCCAUUCAGCAGUCACUGGGAAUGCGCUGCCCAGAAGAUGAGUAUGCGGGAUAUGGUUACCAUAGCUACCACCAAGGUUACCAGGAUGCCUACCAGGAUGACUACCGUCAUCAUGAAAGUUACCACCACGGAUAUCCUUACUGAACCCUAUUCCCAUCAAGUUUCCCCUUCAUCUGCUAACGCUGUGUGUGGCGAGCUACACAAGGGAAGUCCUCCCUACUCUCCAUCCCCUGCUCUUUUCUUUCAGUGUUCUUCCCAGAUUAAAGGAAUUGUAAACGUU